GGUGACAAGGGGAAUUCAACUGCGGAAAAAUAAUUGUAUUAACACAAUUCAAGUGAAAAAGCAACAAGUUUGUCUGUCACACAGCAAACAAGGUAAAAACAUGGAAAAUAGAAGAAAAACGUAAGAGAAAUGUGCAGACUGUACCUUUCGAAUGCAAAUUCGAAUUCCUUUACCUAUCGAAACCCACUGAAGCCAUUUGGAAAACGGCCUAUCGAUAUGUUUCGUAAGAUACCCUAAAAAAGCCGCGGACUGCAGUGUUUACGAUUCACCCAAAACUAUCGAUAUGCCCGGAUAUACGAUAGUUGCUCGCACAGAUGUUUUGGAUGCAGCACUUUGAAAGUGGGACGCCGUUUAUAAAACGUCUGCAGCGAGGAAAACCCAACUAUUUGGCGGGCCAGGAGUCGGGGAAACCGCAAUCGCCGCUGGAGAUUCCAUUGCGGAGCAGUAUGAUCCCUUGGCCGCAAUAACCGCAGAGGCUAUGGAAAUGGAUCGAAUCCUGAAGCGGCGACGUCCCCUGUCGCCCAUUGAUUUGUUCGGCACGCCCGAGCAGGAGGCCAAGAUCCCGGCCAUCAAGGCGGUGCGUCGGAUCGCCCUCAACGACUACAUCAUCAUAUCGCGGCAGUUGCUGAUCAAUCGAGCUGGCCGCGAUGCGGACAGGCGCAGUGCCCGCAUGCUGGUGAUCCUGGAGAGCCUGAAGCAGUACGUCAUCACCUUCACGCUGCCCAGCUCGUCGUGCACGGUGCAGGAUCUGCUGCGCGAGACGGGCGUCCAGUUCGACGAGGGGACCACCAUCGAUGCCAUGGAGAAGUACGAGGGCACCUUCCAUGUGGUGGUCUGUGUGGGCUUCAUCAUGACCGAGGCCGCCGGCGAGUUGGUCAAGAACACCGAGAAGGUGUACAACGAAAUCAGGCAUCAGGCAAAGAAGUCAGCCGCAGGGGCUGCUGAAGCCACCCAGAUCCCGGUUGCCACUGAUCUCAGGGGCGGUCCAGCUGCUCCGGAGGACAUCAAUGGCAACCAGCAGGCUGCCGAGGCUCCCAGGAGCAGCAAGAAGCGCAGGCAGCGCUCCUCAAGUGGCAAUGCAGCCUCGCCCGGUGGUUCCGAGGCUCGCAAGCCCAAGAAGCACAAGAAAAGGCGUUCUUCAAGUGGCAAAUCAAGAGAUGGCCAUAGUCACCAGUCUACUGAGGCAAAGCGACUCCAAGAGGCGGAGGCCGAAGCUGGCAAAAGCAGGAAGCACAAGAAGCAUAAGAAGCACAGGUCCAGGUCCAGCACAGGCGAGAAACCAGCUGCUCCAAAGGAGAACCAAGCUUCCCAGAUCAUGCAGUCGGAGAAAACCAAAGAAGGCUGCUCUACGAGUGGAAAUUCGCAUACUUCUAGGGACAAACAUGGCUCGCAGUUGGAGAAGACCAGAGAAGGCUGCUCCACAGUUGGUUUCCAGCCGGAGAAAUCCAAGCAAAGCAGCUAUACAGAGGGAAGUUGCCAUACGCCAGGGGACAAACUUGGUUCCCAGCUCAUUCAGUCGGAGAAACCCAAGGAAGGCAAGUAUGUGGAUGAAAAGCCCCAUGCUUCAAGGGACACCCUUGGCAGCCAGUCGCAGAAAGCCAAAGAAAGCAGCUCCGUGGAUGGAAAACCCUUUAGCUUUGGUUUUCCGAUAACUCAGCCGCGUAACUCCAAGAGAAGCAGCUCUCUAGACGAAAGCUCCCAUACGCCAAAGGAAAAAUUUGUGACCCACAGGCUGCAACUCCUGAAGCAAUCUCUGGAGGAGGCGCCAAGUUGCAGCCUAUUCGCCAGCUUCUCUGCUCACAGAUUGAACGACUCAAAGGCACGUUCGUCUGCCCAAUCCUGGCUAGCUGACAGUACCGCCAGUGAACCACCGAAAACGCCGGCAGAGAAGGCUGAGCUAAGCCGCCUGCGCAGGAAUCGCAACUGGAAUCUGAGCAGGGACUUUGAUGACGAUGACACUGUGGUGCUGCUGAGCAGCAGCGAGGAUGAGGAGACCAGUGCCGCGGAGGGGCAAACGGAGGAGGGCGAGCGGGCCGCCGAAAGUCGCCUGUCCACCGAUGAGAAUCUCACCCUGCUUAUGUAUCCGCCCACGGGAACCGGGGCCCUGAGCAUCGGCAUGAAGGACUACAUGUGCCUCAGUCGCGGCAGCUAUCUCAACGACAUCAUCAUCGACUUCUAUCUGUGCUGGCUGAAGAACAAUGUCAUCCCGGAGGGCCAGCGCGAAAGGACGCACAUCUUUAGCACAUUCUUCCACAAGCGAUUGACCACAAUUACGCGUCCCAUCAAUGCCAAGCAGACGGCGGCCCAGAAGCGGCACGAGAGGGUCCAGAAAUGGACCAGAACAGUGGACAUAUUCAAUAAGGACUUCAUAAUCAUACCAUUCAACGAGCAGGCCCAUUGGAUUCUGGCCAUUAUAUGCUUUCCCGGUCUCAGCGGACCGGUGGCCUAUGAGGAGGGAGCUGGGAUGCAGGACGAUGGGCCCAUAAAACAACCUGUGAUCCUCAUUUUCGACUCCUUGGCGCUCACCAUCCGUCAUCGGGUGAUUGCCAUACUGCGGGAUUAUCUGACCUGCGAGUACCGCGCCAAGAAUCCCAAUGGUCAGGCGCACGUCUUCAACAAGGACAACAUGCCCGGUCAUCGGGUCGAGGUGCCGCAGCAGAAGAAUCUCACGGAUUGUGGCCUGUAUGUGCUGCAGUAUGUGGAGCAGUUCUUCACCAAACCCAUCAGAGACUAUAGGCUACCGAUCACUGAGCUCACCGAGUGGUUUGACCUGCUCACGGUGACCAAGAAACGCGAGGACAUCGCAAAUCUCAUACAGAAACUGAUGGACGAGGGCAGCCAGCAGCAGCAGCAGCAGCGCAAGAUUCUGCCUGUCCUGGAGUUUCCCACGCUGAAUGGCGAAUUGGUCGAGUAGGAUUGCAGACACUACUCCGAUCCAUGGGAAAAGAAAAGCUACACACACAAGCCCACCUUAUAAAGGGGUGUUUUUUCAAGAAGACUUUAGGACAACACCCAAAAAUUAUUCGCAAAACCUACCCAGGCAACUUUCAAAGUUCGAAGGCAAAUACCCAGCAGCAUUAUACACUACAUUACUUACACUUUACAAAAGGAUGCACAAGGACCAAAACACUAAGCAACUGAAAUAAACACACACAACACAUGGAAAA